AUGGGGAACAAUGGAUCAGACACAGCGGGACACUGCUACUUGCUGGUUCUAAACCUAAGGGGAAAAAGAUUCGAUGUAAUGGACUCGAUGAGGAGUUUGGGAGACGAAAGGCUAAGAAAAAGCUGCAACACCAUCAUGGAGGGCAUUAAAACUCUACGGAGGAAACACUACCCAAACUCAAAAAAAGACACAGAGAACUAUGAGGCUAUGGACAUUGGUGUGCCAAAACAAUUGAAUAACCAUGAUUGUGGAUUUCAUAUGCUCAUGCAUGCUGAGCACUGGGAUGGCCGUACAAUAUACAACUUCAAGGAGAAAGAUAUUCCCAAUAUACGAAAGCUAUUGACACACAAGUGGGUGACACACCCCGACAAUGAAACAAAUUGGAGGGACAAGUUAAAGUUGGGCCAGGUGUCUUAUGGUAACGAACAAAUAAAGUCUGAAUAUAUACAGUACAUAAGCUGA